AUUCUGGAUCAGUUCUGAAUUCUGGGCGCAGCUGAAAUCUCCUCCCCGGAUGCCACAGAAUCCGUAAUACUCAGUCAGUGCCACACGUUCAGUUUUUUUCGGGUAUUUCAUGGUUCGGGUUUGCGAGAGGAGGAUGAAGUUUUUGGUGGCAGUUACGUUAAUCGUCGGCUCGGUGGUAUUUCUGCUCUUCCCGAGCGGAUCGGAGGCGGAUGAAAAGAAAAAGGGCCCAAAAGUCACGGCCAAGGUUUACUUUGACGUACGGAUUGGAGAUGAGGAUGUGGGGCGGAUAGUUAUUGGACUGUUCGGAAAAACUGUUCCCAAAACCACAGAAAACUUCCUUCAGCUGGCCACUGGAGAGAAAGGAUUUGGUUAUAAAGGCAGCAAGUUUCACCGAGUGAUCAAAGACUUCAUGAUCCAGGGAGGAGAUUUCACAAGAGGCGAUGGAACCGGAGGCAAGAGCAUCUAUGGUGACCGCUUCCCCGAUGAGAACUUCAAGCUGAAGCAUUAUGGUCCUGGCUGGCUCAGCAUGGCCAACGCUGGCAAGGACACUAAUGGUUCCCAGUUCUUCAUCACUACCGUCCAGACACCGUGGUUGGACGGCAAACACGUCGUCUUUGGCAAAAUCCUGGAAGGCAUGGAUGUGGUCAGAAAGAUCGAGAGCACUAAGACAGAUGGACGAGACAAACCUCUCAAAGACGUCACCAUCCACGACAGCGGCAAGAUCGACGUGGAAAAGCCAUUUGCAGUACCUAAAGAAUAAAUUAAUUUUGGGGACAUUACAGGACUUUGGGGUAAAGGGGAUUUGAAUUCAUUCGGUGCCACCAGUGUAUUAAUGGAGUUCGUGUGUGUGUAUGUGUGUGGGCUCGAUGAAGCUCCGCCCACUCGUGGGACCGUCAGGCACCAGUCCUGGUCCGCAGAGCGGCACAUCCUGGGUCCAGGCCAAAGAGGCAUUCCGCACGGUCAAAUUUCUGACCCGAUUCAACCUGAUUUUGUAAACACACGUUCAAUAAAGAUCCAGGUUUUCUUAAA